CCAGAACUCGCCAUGUUGCAUUGAGCGGUGAGACGGCGCAUCCUUACGGACGUCCUGCGCAGUCCUCCAAACCCGGUUCUUGACCAUGGUGCUGGUCAGUUGCUGGCGUUGCUCCGCGACGAUGAGGUCACACGCAACGCCGUUGCUUUCAUCACGUCUUUCGGUUUCGCCAGAGCGCGAUGUUCUGUCCACCCGCAGGCCCUCCACGACACGUUUUCAUACUUCGUGACUUUCGGUAUGGUGGCGCAUUAUGAUUGACGACCUCUAGGAAGCUUCUACCCGUCUGGUCACGCAUCAAAUAGGCAGUCGGACCUCCGCACGACGGCAACGAGCGCUCGCAUCUCCAAGCUGGCGAGCAGGUGCUAUCAGCAGCAAGCCCUAUUGGUUCUUCCGAAAACUGCAUACUCAAGCGUUCCUUGACUUUGCCUACACCGACUAGUCACGUACUGACUUCAGCCUUAUAAGCCCGCCGGGGCCUGACUCGCAUCCGCUAGCCCUGCAGAACGACUCCAGACAGUCCAUGGCCCCAGCAACGUUGGAGAGACUGUUCACGCCUGCACUGCUUGUCACAGCUGCGGCCGGGAUAGCUGCACUCACGUGGGUCGUCAGAAAGCUGCCUGCAUUUCAAGAAAUCAAAGACGCUGCCUCGACAGAUCCUGGCCUGCUCAAAGCGCGGACGAAAUACAGGUCGUAUUCAACGCCCUCCGGCCAUGUAUAUCCUCGAAUACGAACCUUUUACAAUGAACAUACGCAGGCGAGCAAGUUGCCAGCCGAUUUGCCACUUAUUGUUUUGAUCCAUGGUCUCGGAGGCUCGGCCGCUCAAUUCGCUCCUUUGCUGAAUUCCCUUACUCAGAUUGCGCCAUGCAUGGCCAUCGAUCUCCCGGGCUGCGGCCUGUCCGACUUCAAGCCAGAUGAUAUCGAAGCCUACACCACUACUGCAUUCGCUGAGCUGCUUCAUGUGGCCAUCGAAGAACAUCGCAACAAGGAGGCCAAUCAGAAAGUCGUGCUGAUCGGCCACAGCAUGGGCUGCUCGAUCGCAGCCUUGCUAGCCUCCUCCAGCUCACCUCUGUACCAUCUUUGCGCUGACAGCAUCGUCUCAUUGAUCGCAGUAUGCCCACGCUCCCGGGGAGUAUCUGAAGAGGAGAUGCGAGGCAUUCGGCGUGUCAGCUACCUGCCCUCGUUUGUUUUUGAUCUCCUUCGGAUGGCGGACCGUCGAGGUGGUGUCGACAGCCUCUCGGUAACACGCGUCAUUGGCAAGGAAGCUGAUCUCGAGACCAAAAAGCUGCAGCUUCGCUACAAUCAACAGGCAAGAUCCUCGGCGUUUCAAAGAAUAACGUCGGCGCUGGCUAGGCAAGAGACUAGGGCGACCGAGGACGGGCAUGAGAGUAUUCUCGGGCGGAGGGUGUGGAACGGAAUUCGAGUGCCGCUGCUUCUCGUGGCAGGAGAAGACGACAAGCUGGCUCCGCCUGCAGAGGUUGAGCAGAUCCAGGAAUGGCUGACAACAGUUCGGCAUGAUUCUGUGACCAAUCCACCUGUCUCUGCAAACGGAGCGAUCGCCCCGCACCUGCCCGCGGUCGCUGCGGAUGCGGCAAUGGCCACAGAGCAGCUGAGUCGAUCCGACACGAUUACCGCGCUGCCGGAGCGAGAGUCAGCCUCUGCGGAUGGCGUGCAGCACGAAGAGGCGUCUACCAAACACUCGAUCCCGCUUAAGACGUGCAUUUUCGCAGCACCGGCUUCACAUGGACUGCUCUACUCAACCACGAAUGUACGCAUUUUGUCAGGCUAUAUUGAGAACUUCUUGGCUCGACACGUGGACGAGCGGCUCUCGCCUGGCUGGCAACUUCGACAUCUCUCAACUUCUGGCAAGUGGGAUGUGAAAAAUCUUAAAAAAUGGCAAGCCGUUGCGGCCUGCUCCGAUCCAAUCGCUGAGACUUUUCGCGCAAUGAAGACUAUGCGCGAAGUCGACGACGAGCACAGCCCGCCUGCAUUUGUCAAGAAAUACAGCUGGAAGGUGAUUCCAAACGGUGUUGCAAUGGUUGUUGAUAUCAGUCUUGAUGCUCCGGUAUAUGACAAAGCAGGGCUCGAGAAUGGUGAUGUCGAGUACCAUAAGUUUCCAACAGUGAGCAAACAGCCUCCGGGAGCGGACGAGGUCGAGCAAUUCAUUGCACUUAUCGAUACGCUCAGGCAAUCAUCGAAACUACAGGACGCUAAGGAGGGCGUGCCUCGACCGACUAUUGGUGUACAUUGUCACUAUGGUUUCAACCGAACAGGGUUUUUGAUCAUUUGCUACCUCGUGGAACGACUCGGGUGGGACCUCGAAGACGCUCUCGACGAAUUCUCAAAGAAACGGGAACCAGGUGUCAAGCACGAUCACUUUGUUAACGAGCUGUAUAUAAGAUACAAGGCUGGGAAACUAGAAAGGAGAGGAACUAUCAUCCAUUGAAAUAAUCCCCACUCGCGCAUUGCCAAGGAAUAUCACUGCUGUUACACCGUCGGGUUUCACUAUUCUCCCGCUUUGCAGCC